AUGUCGUCUCUCGAGGCCAAGAUCGUGGUCCUCGGCGCCCAGGGCGUGGGCAAGACCUCCCUCGUCAUGCGGUACUGCAAGGGCGCCUUCAACCCCUCGCAGAUAACGUCCACCGUUGGCGCGAGCUUUCUGACCAAGCGCGUCGUCGACUCCGACACCGACACCAUGGUGCGCCUGCAAAUCUGGGACACAGCCGGCCAGGAAAGGUUCAGGUCCAUAUCGCGCUUAUACUAUCGCGGCGCCAACGCCUGCAUCCUGUGCUACAGCAUCACCGACGCGCAGUCCUUUGCCGAAAUGGGCGUCUGGCUCACCGAGCUGCGCCGCAACCUGCCAAACGACGUCGUUUUGCACGUCGUGGGCACCAAGGCCGACAUUGUCGCCCGGGACCCGUCCGCCAGGCAGGUCCCCUUUGAGCGCUGCAUCGCCUACGUUGCCGAGAACCUGGCCCCCGGACUGGGCAGCACGCCACCCCCGACGGCCACGCCGCUCAACGCGCCCGGCUCCAUGCCAAGCGUGGAACCGCGCACGCCUAGCUCCAAGCGAAGUUCGGGCUUCUGGGCCCAGGAGGUUGGCUGGGACGCGUGCCACGAAAUCAGCGCCGAGAGCGGAGAGGGUGUCGAGGAAGUUUUCCGGGUUGUCGCCCGAAAGCUGGUCGAGCAGAAUCGCAAGAUGCAGCAGGCCCUUUUGCUGGCGACGGCCACUCCGGGCACCCCCGGCUACGAGGCCGGCAUGGACGGCGGGUAUUUCGACGGCAUGAACGUGAGGGGUAGUUUCCGUGUAGGACGCGACAGGCGGAGCUGGUUGUUUUCGCCUGCCUUUUCUCCAGCUGUAACGGUUGACCGGACGGGCGCCACGGCCCAGGAGCAGAAUGAGCCCGAUGGCGCAUCAAAGGGCAGUCGCAGAUGCUGCUGA